AUGGAAGAUAUUGAGGAGUUUGGUGAUUUAGAUGAUAAUGACUUGAAUAAUUGCUCGGUUGAUGAGAGAUACGAGUUGCCUCAGCACACUAAUCAGCAGAUUGAACAUAAUGAGCCUAAAAUUGGGAUAAAGUUUAAUGAGAUUGAUGAAUUGUUUGAGUUCUACAAAAACUAUGCAAAGAGCAGUGGAUUUCCAAUUAAGAACUUGGUUGAUGAAUCAAGGCGUUUACGUCUCGGCAAAGAUGAUGCUUCAGCGAUUAUAAAAUAUUUUUCAAGGAUGGUUGUAGAAAAUCCAGAUGGUAGGAGCAGAGAAGCUUACAAAGAGUUUGGUGAGGCUGUCACUUUUGAUACCACCUACUUAACAAAUAAGUAUGAUAUGCCAUUUGCACCACUUGUUGGCGUUAACUAUCAUGGGCAAUCAAUUUUGCUUGGAUAUGGGUUGAUUUCAAAAGAAUACACAGAGACUUUCAUAUGGCUAUUUAGGAAGUGGUUGAAUGCAUGGAUGGAUGUGCUCCACAACAGAAAAUAA